GUGAGUAAUAAGAGAGAGACACACACACAGAGUGAGAGAGAGAGUGUGAGUGAGUGUAUAUACAAUGUCCGCCAUCGGCGGGGGCUCCGUCUGUACUCUCAUACCAAACCCCCACAGCAACUCUUCACUUUGCAUCAACUGCCUCUGAGGCCUGUCUCUCUGUGAGGAUGGCCGCCUCGGUAAUGUGCCGCUGUUCAGGUUAAACUGGAGCUAGGCCAUCGGGCCCAGGUUCGGAAAAAACCCACGGUGGAAGGUUUCACCCACGACUGGAUGGUCUUUGUCAGGGGUCCGGAGCACAGCAAUAUUCAGCACUUUGUGGAGAAAGUCGUCUUUCACUUGCACGACAGCUUCCCCAGACCUAAGCGUGUGUGCAAGGAUCCACCGUACAAAGUGGAGGAGUCAGGAUACGCUGGUUUUAUAAUGCCGAUUGAAGUGUAUUUCAAAAACAAGGAAGAGCCCAAGAAGGUACGCUUUGAUUAUGACUUAUUCCUGCACCUUGAGGGGCAUCCACCUGUAAAUCACCUGCGAUGUGAAAAACUCACUUUCAACAAUCCAACUGAGGAAUUCCGUCGAAAAUUGCUGAAAGCAGGAGGGGAUCCAAAUAAGAGCAGCAGCACUAACAAUAGCAACAGCUUCUCCAAGCCCCAUAAAUCCAUGAAAGAGCACAAGGACAAACCAUCUAAAGACUCGAAAGAGCACAAAAGUGCCUUCAAAGAACCUUCCAGGGAACACAGUAAAAUUUCCAAAGAGCUCUCAAAGAAACCCAAAGAAAACAAGCCACUAAAAGAUGAGAAAACUGUUCCUAAGACAGCAUUUAAGGAACCAAAACCAAUGUCUAAAGAGCCAAAAUCAUUGGAAAACAACGUUGUAUGUGGGGCUGGAGGCAUUCAACAGGACAUUAAGGCUCCGACCAAGAGGCCUCCUAAUAUGGACUCUGAUGAACUUAUAGCAAAGAGAAAGAAGAAAAGCAGCUCUGAAUUUUUGUUUAAAAGCUUUUCCAGUGCUUCUCCUUCUGAAAAGAAACAAAUGAAGGACAAAUCGCAUGCUAAGGCAGGAAAGGUCAAAAUGGAAAAUGAGGCAAUAGAGAAAAAGAAGCCUAAUUUACCACCAUUUGAAGAUGUUGUAGAUCCAAAUGAUUCUGCAUUAGAUGAUAUGUCUUCUAAAUCUGAGUCUCAACAGCCAAGUCCUGCUGGCUCCAGUUCCAGUUCAAAUUCCAGUUCAAGCUUUACUCCAUCUCAGAACAAUAGACAAGGCCCGCUGAGAUCUAUAAUGGAGGACCUCCAUUCUGAAGACAAUGAAUCAGAUGAAGAUGAGAACAGAAGCCUGUCUGAUGUAGAGAGAUCGUUAAAUACUCAUUGUGGAAGAAGAAUGAGUUUGAGUGAUGGGAGUGACAGUGAGAACAGUAGCAGUUCUACCCCACCCAGAAAUGAAGCACCUCCAAUAUUAAAAACCAGCAACAGCAAUAACCAGGUGUUAGAAGUCAAAAGCCCAUUAAAGCAAAGCAAACCUGAGAAAACAAUAAAGAAUGGUGAAUAUGACAAGGCAUAUCUGGAUGAGUUGGUUGAGCUUCAUAGAAGGUUAAUGACACUUCGCGAAAGGCACAUACUACAACAGAUUGUUAACCUAAUAGAAGAAACUGGACAUUUUCACAUCACAAACACAACAUUUGACUUUGACCUUUGCUCACUGGAUAAAACCACAGUCCGAAAACUACAGAGUUAUCUGGAGACUUCAGGAACGUCAUGAGGGCACUGAUCCCGGCUACGAGCUGGAGAAUUGAACUUUUAGCGAUGCAACCAAUACAACUAUCCCUAUAGAGCUACUUAACUGCAGCUUUUUUCCAGCCAGUCAUGCUUCUCUCUCCUGAACGUGUUGCUGGGGGAAAAUGCCGAGAGAUUCAACAGAUCCUUACCAGCCUGAGGAAUGUUCUGGAAGUUUUGGACCUGUGAGGUUCACCACCUCCUUUGCCUCCCAUCCCCUGGAUACUUGCUCUUUAUGAAUCUCUGCGGUAGUGUGUAUCUUUGUGGUGUCCAUGUCCACAUGGCGAAUGAUGCAUGUGCAGCACUGCCUUAUUAUGUAACUGAUCUAUCUAUUUAUUGAAAAAGUCCAGUCAUGAAAAAUAUCUUGGAUCUUUGGAACACUACCAGACAUUGAGCACUGUGGUCACGUUUAUGACCAAGGCUUACGAAUGCAGUAGGAAUCAGUCACCAGAUGUCUGGUGAAUUCAACUCCAGUGUUUUGAUUUCCUUUGUAAACUAGCUGCGAUCAUAGUUACGAUCAUAGGGACACUAUGUAACUACACAAUGUUCUAGCCUUAGUAAUUGAACUGUAAUGCUUUAAAACCUAUUACUGUGCACUGUUCGCAGAAACAUUACCAGCUUUGAUAUGUUUUAAUUAGUGAUCGACCAAUACAAAUGAUCAGAUCUGUACUUAUACUGGAAGGAAUAUUGUCUGCACAAUCAUGCUAUUAAGCAGAGUUUUUUUUUAAAUUUCUUCCAGAUUUAAUUCAAACUUUUUACAGGGAGCAAGAAGGGAUUUUUGUGGUGUAAGAUUCCUUGCCCUUUUAAAGUACUCUACAGCUUUUUUUUAAACAAAAAUGUAAUACUAGUCACCUGCAAGCACAGUUGCAUCACAAAUGUUUUGCCUACAUUGGCCUUCCUUCACAUUCUUAAAUCUUUCUUUGGUUUCCUGGUAUAAACUAGUGUGCACACCUUCCUGUUGUUUAGGCCUACAAAUUAGGUGAAGAGUGAAUACACCUGAAGAGUCACAAAACUAAUUGAAGUACAGAAAAAAAACUGGUAUAAACCAGGCUGGUUGAUCACUAGUUUAAAGCUUUUGGCAUAUCAAAUGUAUUUAAAUUGUUUUUUUUUAAGGUGGAAUUGUCUAAAAUAUUGUUCCCAAUUUUCUGUGUUUGUUGUAGAAUAUUCUUAAUUUGGGAUUAAUUAUUUAUUUGAAAUAUUCCCUUCACUGCCAAAUCUGGUUUUGCCAUCUUCACCAUCUGGGAAAAUGUGUGUGCUUAUUGGUCCAUCCUUUGGAUAAUAAAAUUAUAUUUCUUAAAAAUAAAUCUUUCUUUAGCAAGUAUGUUGCAGUAAAACCAUGUUUCAAUGACAUCAUUUCCAGAGACCUCAACUGUUACUUUCAGUCCAAAGAUGGGAUGAAUUUUAGUACUUUUUUUUAUUACUGAAGGUUCUGAAACUGCUUCCAGCAGAACAAGUGUACUUUCCAAUGAUAACGAGGUUCAGAUAAGUCAGUGUCCAUUACUUGAAAUGUUACCUUUGUUAGUAUACUUUUAAUGUGCAAUUCAUAUCAGAAGCAGACUUUUUUAAGAAAAAAGAGGGAAAAAGAAAACUUGUUUCAUUUCAUGUAUGUGAUGUUCAGUGUGUGUUUUCAAUUGCCAUUACACUUUGAUUUUGUCGUGUCAAUGGUGAAACCAAGACUGUUCAUUCUAGGGAAAAAAGCAGUCUUCAGAAGUUUAACUUGGUACUUUGAGUCCCUUUAAUUUAAUGUAGUUGCUUAAUCCAUCUUGAUUGUUGUGGCUAAAUUUUGUGGUACAACUCAAACUCUCAAAAAUAUUUUAUUAAAUUUGAAAGAGAAUGUGUCCUGUGAUUCAUCUAGUCAUUCUUUAUUUGCAUAUACUUCAUACGACAGAAAUGCAAUACAGUGAAAGCUGUUGGUAUUUCAGCAGGAUUCUACGCUCCAUGAAUUAGGAAAUAAAUAUUAGUUUAAGAUUGCGCUGCUUCGAAGGAAAAAUACACGGUAAUGGAAAUUUGUGGUUUAAAUCAGUAGAUGUUAUUUUGCAGUCAAACCAAGAAAGAAAUGAAUCGGUAUAUAACCAUCUGUUGUACUGUGUAAAAGUGGGACGCCAGCCUAAAUUAGUUUAUUGCAAAAAUCAUGUAUAUAAAAUAUGACCUAACAUUUCAAGCUUGAAUCCCAAUGAGAAUUUGCUGCAAUGUUGAGUUUGCCACAAUAUUUAAUUAGAACAAAUGUCAUACUUGCAUUAGCUUUUCCAUCAACCUUUUGUAAUCGAGAACAAAAUAAAUCCUUUUUUUAAAAUAA